GCAAGAAAACUAGUUCUGAACUUUCAGAGGCUAUAUAAGGAAAUGGAGACAAAGAAAUCACAACAUUAAAGUAAAGUGGAGAUUCUCACUAGAAUGAGCGGAAGUGCUUAGGGAGGCGAAGGGUUUGGAUGAAGACGACGGCGAUGGGCGUAAGCUUGCGCCGGCAAGUGAUAUGGGGGUUUACUUAUGUUAAAGCUAGGUGGUCUUCAACACAAGAAAUUGCAGAAAAUCAUAGAGACAGCCCGACGAAUGUUCAACUGAAGCCAGGCGAAUGGUUAUGCACGAAUUGCAAUUUCUUGAAUUUUGCAAGAAAUAUCAAGUGUAAUUUCUUGAACUUUGCAAAGAAUUCAAGGUGCUUGCAGUGCAAGGAGAACCCACCAAAGAGAUUGCUUCAUCCUGGAGAAUGGUUCAAUUACAUAAACUUCAGGAGAAAUAUGGUCUGCUUGAAAUGCGACCAUAGAAGACACAGAGCAUCGCAUUCUGUCACGUUUGACUUAAGCUUUGACUGGAUAUUCUGUCGACGUAGAAACUGGCCAUUGCUCGGGCGGCUGCAGGGCCUGGUCAGUGAGGUUAAGACGUGCGCACGAGAGUCUGUGAUCUUGGGUUUGAGGCUAUCGCCCGAGGGAUCCUACCUCCACCGAAUUGAGGCUAUCUUCGGGCAAGAUGCAAAGCACAACUAUAGUUAAAUGAAAUAUGGAUCUGGCCCAAUUAAGAAUUUUAUUUAAAACAAUCCACCGAACCAAGAGUUGUAAUAACGAUUGCAAUUGGAAUGAAUUCCUACCUAAAUAAUUUAACUGUAGGGCAAGAUGCAAAGCACAACUAUAGUUAAAUAAAAUAUGGAUCUUGGCCCGCUAGGGUAUUCUUCAAAUAGAAACCCCAAGUCAAUAGGUUCCGUACCUGAGGGUAGUUGACUUGUUAGAAAUAGUGGGAGAGUAUUUAAUAAAGACCUAUUAGAUAC